CUCGGAGCCCCCCCACUGGUCUCCCUCCGCCUUCCCUCAUGCUAGAUACGCUCAGGCCCCCCGUGCCUCCUUUCGUGUCGGACAUGGCAGGAGGAGGGAUCAGCAAGACGGUGGCGUGGCUGCACGAGCAGCUGGAGCUGGGCAACGAGCGCCUGCUGCUGAUGGACUGCCGCCCGCAGGAGCUGUACGAGUCGUCGCACAUCGAGUCGGCCAUCAACGUGGCCCUGCCGGGCAUCAUGCUGCGCCGGCUGCAGAAGGGCAAUCUGCCCCUGCGCGCCCUCUUCGCCAGCGGCGGCGAAGAGGAGCGCGAGAAGUUCGCCCGCCGGUGCGGCACCGACACCGUCGUCCUCUACGACGAGAGCAGCAGCGACUGGAACGAGAACACGGCCGGCGACUCCGUCCUGGGGCUGCUCCUCAAGCGCUUGAAAGACGACGGCUGCAAGGCCUUCUUCCUGGAAGGUGGUUUCAGCAAGUUUCAGGCAGAGCAUGCCCUGCAUUGUGAAACUAACCUAGACAGCUCGUGUAGCAGCAGCUCUCCUCUUUUGCCAGUCCUGGGGUUAGGUGGCCUUCGAAUCAGCUCCGACUCCUCUUCAGACAUUGAAUCUGACAUUGACAGAGAUCCUAACAGUGCCACCGACUCUGACGGCAGCCCCUUGUCCAACAACCAGCCUUCCUUCCCAGUGGAGAUCUUGCCAUACCUCUACCUGGGCUGUGCCAAGGAUUCCACUAACUUGGACGUUCUAGAAGAGUUUGGCAUUAAAUACAUCUUGAACGUCACUCCCAACCUGCCUAAUCUCUUUGAGAAUGCCGGCGAGUUUAAAUACAAGCAGAUCCCCAUCUCUGACCACUGGAGCCAGAACUUGUCUCAGUUCUUUCCUGAGGCCAUCUCUUUUAUAGAUGAAGCUCGUGGGAAGAAUUGUGGGGUCCUUGUGCAUUGCCUGGCAGGGAUCAGCCGCUCAGUCACCGUGACAGUUGCGUACCUGAUGCAAAAGCUCAACCUAUCCAUGAACGAUGCCUAUGAUAUCGUCAAGAUGAAGAAGUCUAAUAUCUCCCCCAACUUCAACUUCAUGGGACAGCUGCUGGACUUUGAGAGGACUCUGGGUCUGAACAGCCCCUGUGACAACCGUGUACCUAGUCAGCAGCUGUAUUUCACCACCCCUUCCAAUCAAAAUGUCUUCCAAGUGGACUCUCUGCAGUCCACGUGAACAGCAGCCCAGUUUCCAACUCUUCUAACCUUGGGUUUUGAGAUCAUUCCUCUAUGCUCCUCUGACAGCAGCAAAGAAGCACAAUUCUCUUUUGUGGGUGCUGCUUUAUUGGGCAGUGGCUCCUGUGUGCUUAAUGAAAUAAAAGGUUACAAAGUUUGGAGUCAGCCAUUGCAAAGGGAGGGGACUUACUGAGUUCUCAAGGAAGAUGAUGAUGAUGAUGAUGAUGAUGAAAAAGAAACUUCAGAUGUUGCCUGUAGGUAGGCAGCAUAUUUUGCUUAAUGCACAAAAACCCACCUAUGCAGUGAACUUGGAAUGGAGGACUUUCAAACACACUUGUUGUGGGGGAAUGGACAAGAUGAGCACAUGUCCUCUAGUGGAACUGGGAGAAAUGUAUUACUUUUCAUUUGUAAUAUGUGGUGUUGUCUUCAGUGAAGACUUAAUGUUUUCUGUUGCCACCCCCCACACAUAUUUAGAGGAGCCAAAGAGAGGUUUCUGCUCAAUGUAUUGGAUUAUUUGUUUGCCAAGAGCUUUGUCACGCUUCAACCUGAUCAAUGUAAAUAUGAUCUUGAAUCAAUAAGCGAUGUUAGUGUAAUAAUAGGUACGAGAGGUCAAUCUGAGGGAUGUCAUAUUUCUUCACUCUUCAGCCGUUCUUUCCGUACAAAGGAUACUUUUGCAGCAUGCUUAAUUUUACUGUUGAAAUGAGGCAAACUUUCUUCCUUGGUUAGAAAAUAAAUGUCUAUGCUCCGAGUUUAGUUUAUUCACAAAAUGUGAAUAAAACUUAAUAAACUCUUCUUUAGUGGUGAUUUUUGGGGGUGUGCCAUCAACAUAGGGUCUUAUUGUAACUUUUUUGGGGGGAUACUUUUGUAAAUAGUUUAGCUUGCUUUUUUUUCCUUUGGAAGAGAGUUAUGUCUUCAAACAGAAGAUUUUUUUUUGUCCAAUUUGAAAUAAGUAUAAAGAAUAAAAAUAUGUGCUAAGCAGUGCAUUACCUCUGUACAAUCUCUUCAGGGAGCUUCACCUCAAAUGCAAUAUCUUGCAUUUAUUUUUGUACAAAACUGGAAGUGUGCGUGAGCAUUGUGUACCUGUGAAUAUGCAAGAAGGUCUUGCACAUGAUUGUCCAUAAGGGAGAGUCUUUAAUUUGCCAGUGUAAAGUUGGGAUUUUAUUCUUAAGAAUGUAAGAUCAUAAAUUAUUAAUAAAUAACUAUUUUGGCUAUUGAAAA